AUGGCGCCCCGUCGGAGGGUGAAACACCAGGUCGCCGAGGCACGGCAGCAGCUGGAAGCGGCGGAUGAGAAGCUGCAAGAGAGGCAGAAGACAAAAGAAGAAGCGGAGGCCGCUUUGGCCAAGUUCACGGCCGACAUGGAGGAAGUCGCGAGUUCCCUUGAAGCCAUCAAGGAGCGUCGCCUAAGGGCAGAGGAGGCCUUAAAGGACAAACGAUCUGAGUUGAUUCAGGCUAGAAGAGAGGAGACAGCUGCGCAACAGCGACUCGAAAAGGCGAACAAGAACCUGACCACGCUACAGGACAAGUUGCUCCAACAGCAACAUGGCCUCACGGUAGCCAGUGAGGCCGCGGAGGCGGCCCAAAAGGCGGCGAGCGAGGCGGCGACGAAUGCCAGCGGUGCCACUGAAAACUUUGGUCAGGCGCUGACAGAGGCGUCGAAACAACUCGACUUGGUGGAUGCUCGCGGCUGUGCAGCAGGCGAUGGUGCGGCCGAUGCGGCACCCGAUAGGCUGAAAAAGGCCUUGAAAGCCUUGGACAAGCUGAAGAACGCCAUGGACAACAACAGUUUCAGAGAGAAAGAGUUCGAGACCACAGAGGAGAACUUGGUGAAGAUUGAGCCAGGUCGAGAAAGGGAUCGACAUCGGCUGGAGCAGCUGGUGACCAAGGCGCAGCAACGUGCCGAGACCUCUCGGGAAGCAGUUCUUCAGGCGGUGCAGAAUUUCGUUGAGGCCGGCAUGUGGUUUGCCGAGUCUCUACAGAAGACACAGAAGCGCCCUGUGAAGAUGGAGCAGGUCAAGGCCGUCCAAAGCUCGGUGAAGAGCGCGUUCCGACAGCUGCCCAAAGUGUGGCAAACGGUGAAAGGCAGCAAAGAGGCGCAAGGGAAGGCGGGCCUGCAACACCGGAAGGCCUUGGGGCGUUUGGCGGCGGCCACGCUGGCGAAAGCAGAGGCUGAAAGCCAGGUGGAGGUGCAGGUGAAGGAGCACAAUGAGGCAGAGACCGAGGAAGAGCACGUGAGCGCCGAGCGGAGCUCCCGGGAGUCGGAGCUCGCGAAGGCGGAAGCAUCGAAGCAAGAGGUGGAGGCUGAAGAGGCUGAGGCCAAGAAGCGGCGCGAGGAGUUGAAGGCGUCGCAGCCCAACUUGAAGGAGGCGCUCAAGGCGGCCAAACUGCAAGAGCGAGAGGCCGACGCCGAGCGCAAGGCGCUCCACGCACGUGCCUCGAAGCGCGAAAAGGAGCAAGAGUUGCUCGAGGAGGCCAAGAAAACAGCAGUGAAGCACUUGAAGAACGAGGAGUACGAUGCACGACAGGUGGAGCAAGCCUACUCUGAAAAGCGGAACGCCAAGAAGGGAGAGUGAGGGAGUGACAGAAUUGUUCUUUUCCAGUGCUCUGCUUUAGAAGACACGUGU